AUGAAUAACCCGCCUGAGAACAGUGAUGUCAGUGCCAGCUCCAGGCUUCUUGACUCCCAUGCUUCCAGCCAGCAGCCUGGUGAUGCUCGCAGUCGCACCCAUGGCACUUUCACCCCGGCAUCUACUCAGAGCUACGGGGAGAGCAGCCAGAUCUCUGAAGCAGGAUACCUCCAGGGCAGAGAUGGCAUCUCUUCCGCUCCUAGCGGCGGAAAAUCCGUCACAAAACAACUAGCGGAGGCCCAUGGCCUGAAAAACCAAAGGGCUAUGUACCUCGCAUAUUAUGUGCCGUUCUUCAACUGGAUAACGCAGUACCGCUGGUCUUACCUCCGCGGUGACUUCAUCUCGGCCUUGACGGUCUGCUCUGUCUACGUUCCCAUGUGCCUCUCGCUGGCAUCCAAUGUUGCCCAUAUACCCGCCAUCAAUGGCCUAUACUCGUUUAUUUUCCACCCGUUCAUAUACUCCAUCUUCGGUAGCAGCCCGCUCUUGAUCGUGGGACCCGAGGCAGCCGGUUCUCUCAUGGUAGGCGCUGUCGUUCGAAGUACAGUCGAGGACGGGAAAGGCAUCGACGACGAUCCUCGUGGUAAUGCUGCGAUUUCUGGAAUUGUGGUGGGCAUGGCAGGUGCCAUGACCCUAAUUGGAGGAAUCACACGCCUGGGAUUUGUGGAUAAUGUCCUCAGCCGUCCGUUCCUCAGAGGGUUUAUCAGUGCUAUCGGGUUCAUGAUCAUGGUUGACCAACUCGUGCCUGAGAUGGGGCUGAGUGACAGAGCCAGAGAGGUCCUGCUUGGUACAUACGGCAGUUCCGCGGAGAAGUUGAUGUUCUUGAUCCAGAAUGUACAUUACAGCCAUGGUCUUACAUGCGCUGUUUCAUUCAGCACCAUUGCCAUUAUCAUGGUCUUCAGGAUACUGAAGAAGCACCUGCAACCGCGGUAUCCGGGAGUAGUCUUUUUCCCGGACCAGUUCAUAGUUGUCGUUCUGUCUGCGGUCUUGACCUGGGCACUAGAGUGGGAUAAAAAGGGGCUUGUUAUUCUUGGAAACAUCAAGGGCACCAGCAACUUGUUCAGGUUCGAGUGGCCGUUCCAGACAGACAAGCUAGAGCAUAUACGCAAUGCCAUGAGCACCUCAUUUAUCAUAUCUCUUCUGGGGUUUUUCGAGUCCUCCGUCGCCGCAAAGGGCAUCAGAUCCGCAAGUAAGGGUGGGAUCGAAGGCAUGACCUAUAGUCCAAAUCGUGAACUCGUCGCGUUGGGCGUCGCCAAUAUGGUUGGCGGGUGCUUCCUGGGUCUUCCCGCAUUUGGUGGAUAUGGUCGAAGCAAGCUGAGUGCCUUGACCGGUGCCAAAACACCCAUGGCCGGAAUAUUCGUUGCCCUGAUUACUUUAGCAUCCGUGAUCUGGCUGCUUCCAUACUUUUAUUAUCUCCCGAUGGCGGUUCUUUCUGCCUUGAUUUCGGUUGUUUCCUUCUCACUCAUAGAGGAAUGCCCUGAAGACAUCCGCUUUUUUAUUAGAAUACGUGGUUGGUCAGAGCUCGUUCUGAUGCUACUCAUCUUUUUCUCUACCUUCUUUUAUUCCCUAUACCUUGGUAUCGCCCUUGGGUUGGGUCUCUCUCUCCUUCAAAUAGUCCGCCACGCCACGAAGCCACGUAUUCAAAUCUUGGGCAAAGUACACGGGACCAGAGACCGUUUUGAGAACGCUGAAGUUCAUCCUGAGCGUGUCGAGUACGUUGCGGGCUCGCUAAUCGUGAAAAUCCCCGAACCACUUACCUUUGCCAAUACUGGCGAUCUAAAGAACAGACUACGCCGGCUGGAGUUCUACGGCACAAACGCGGCACACCCUGCACUGCCUCGUGUUAGACCCCCAGAGCACAACAAGAAUAUCAUCUUUGAUAUUCACGGCGUAACGAGCAUCGACGGGUCAGGCGUGCAGGUGCUCAGUGAAAUAGUCGAAGAAUACGUCUCUCAUGGCGUGCGGGUGUUUUUCUGCCGCAUCCCGCUUCCUGGGAGUGAAGUGUUCCAAAUGAUGGAGAAGAGUGGCAUAAUUGAUACGUGUGGCGGCAUAUCCCAUUUCGUGUCUACUGUCGAAAACGCCCUCCAGCUGGCGGAGACAGAGUAUAUUAACUACGAGUGA